GCACCCCCUAAGCCCGAUCCUCCAUCUGCGGAUGUUCCCGCUCCAUCCAGGCCUCUGAACGACUUUCCGACGAUCGUGAUAGUACCCGAUGAAGAGGAGAAAAUGUCGAAAAUGUCGAUGGAAUAUCUUGAAAGAUAUUUCCAAACAUUUGACUCGGAUCGUGCCAGUCUUGCUUCUGCAUAUUCUAGCAACGCGUGCUUCUCGUAUCGAGAAGUCAAGUGCUUCUCUCCUGGGUCGCCCCACUUGCAACCCUCGUUACCUCUGUACUCGGCUCGACAUAACCGCAAACCUCCUUUCCCUACCCCCUUUGCAGCUCUUGCCGUUGACUGGAUUGGCAGCAGACAUCGAUUACGACAUCAUGUGGCUUGGUUCCCCCGUUGGAAUGUUCGCCAUCUGCGGGGGCAUUCAUCAUGGGCACGCCUCAAAGCGGCCGGUGACACAUAGUUUUUUGUUGCGCCAAAAAGAGGCAUGCGAAGAAGAUGCGAGGGCUGACGGCGUGUGGCCACUCGUUGCUGUGGCACAUCAGAUGAUGGUAUUUGAUGGCCCGUAGAUAUAGUUCAUCUUUUAUCAGUGCUUGGUUGUGUACUCACUCCUGGUUUUGGUUAGAGAUAGAUCACGAUUAAAUGUAGGUAUGCGAGUCUUCGAUCAGACUAUGACAUAGUUGUGAUAUGAUCAUCGCCUCUUGUGGCUUAUAGGGCCCUAUCGAGAGCGGUAGUCCUCGGAGAACGACGCUAGCUUGGCAUAUAGAUAAACCCAUUACUCGGCACCUCUGCACAGUUGACGGUGAAGGAUGAUAGUUUUCCAGACUUACUGAUACGGCUAUUUGCAUCCCACUUUCACAACCAUGGAAAACAUGAAUAUGCGGUAGCACAUAAGAUACUGCAUUCUCCUAAA